AUUCUUGUUGUUCAUACGUUCUUUUUCUCUUAUAAGUACAACUAAAUACCCAGUAUGGAAUAUGGAUUAACAAGACACACGGAAAAUGAAUAACACUUGGACUUUAUUGGACUUUCACAAUGUCCUCACUUGAUUGGUUUGAACUUGAUUGGGGGUGGGUCCUGAUAUUGUGCACUCCCCCAGUGUGGGGGAUAAAUGUUUGUAUCACACACUAUCAGGCAGGCUUGAGAAAGGGCAAGACAAGGCCCGAAACGUUGCCUGUUACUGACCAAUUGCAAUAAAUUUUUUCACAUUUUGCAAAUAAGAGGUGCUGCAGUUUUUCCUUUUUGCCGUAUAAUUGGCCCAUGGCAAGGGCUUAUACACUGCUUUGCACUCUGCCCGAAAGGAACCUAUGUGAGGUGGUUGAAGCACACACAACUGUAUACUUGGAUAUCUCUGCCAGUGGAAGUGCUCCCAGACUCAACUACAAAGUUUCCCAAUGUCUCAAACUAACACUGUGGAACAGCAAGGGUUAACUUAUGCAUACAGUGAAGAGGAAGCUGCAAGAAUCAUUGGCCUGGAUACUGGAAACAGUGGAUUCCUAUCGAUCCCUGGUAACAGAAAUCUACAGAGGUUGUUGGACAAAGAAAAACGCCGCUUGGUUGGCUUGGAACUGCAUUCCACAACACUGACUGAGUAUUACAGGGUUAAGAGAAUCCCUAGAGGCCUGAGAGUUAAUCUGCGCCCCACUAUAUUCACUGAUAACGUGGACUUUAAACAGAAAUAUGAACAGAUACUAAACAAAUGCUCCUUUGACAUUCUUCUGCUCAACAUUGAAUUCCUGCAGCGAGAAAUCCCUGCUGCGAAGCAGAGAGUCACGGACAUUGAAAGGGAGCUGAAAGCACUAACUCCGAUUGAGGAGUAUAAGAAAUUACUCACCCAGAUUGAUUCCAACCUCGCUGAACAUCGCAGGGAUAUAGAGGAGCGGAAAAGAAGCAAGUUUCAACGCGAUUCGGAGGACUACAGAGCAGGACAAGUUUAUCGCUGGACAGAGGGAGAGAGCAGCCCGCGCACGUCUGAGUCGCGUGACGUCAUCACACAGCGCCAAUUCAACUCGCAGCAGCCGCAACAUAGGCAAUACCAGAGGGGGAGAGGACAGUAUCGCAGGCCAAAAUGCUGGGGGACAAGACCGCUUAACUACAGCAGUGAGGAGCUGUCGGGGGGCGAGUCAAGCACAGAGGCUUUUUUAGGAGAAGGCCCCCAGGACCACCGAGGCACCAGAGAAGAGGGGGCAAAAGGCAUCAACGUUCCAAGAAGCAGCCAAGCACAGAGACAGCAACCUGGACGCACAGCACGCCAACAACCAAAACGUUAGUACACAAUAUUUCCUCCUUUCCCCUCUCUGAACAGCAAAUAACAUUACUGAACAAAGGCUUAUCAUUUUGCCCAACCAAUCGGUGUGAUUCUUUCACCCUAGACAUUGAUAUGGAGAGGUUUUUUAGAAGCCUAAGACUUAAGUCCUUCUUUAAUACACCCAGGCCACUUGAAUUCACCUAUUGCAAUACUGGGUUAGGACAUUCUCAACUGAGUUUGAAAAAACUUGGCCUACGAAAUAAAAGCACAUUUGUUCCCCCACCAGGUGAUAAUGCUGUGGAAACAUAUAUUAAGAUGGUUAAAAAAGAUAUUGAUUUGGUCAAAAAAAACAAUAUUGAUACUAUUCCUGCCAAUGUAAGGUAUAAUAUGUCUAGGAAUGAACAACAAGAAUUGCGUACUUUGAUGAACGAACCAGACAUAAUAUUCAAACCAGCUGACAAAGGGGGCGCCCUAGUAGUGAUGGACAGGGACCAAUACAUACAAGAGAUUCUAAACCAGCUGAGCAAUGAGGAGGUAUACAAAAAAGUCAGCAAGGACCCCCUCCCUGAGAUACAGAAACGCAUAGCACAAAUCAUUGACCAAGGGGUGGAGGAUGGUAUAAUUGAGAAAGACACAAAAAAAUUUCUAAUAAAGGAACACCCAAUGACACCAGUUUUGUACACGCUGCCUAAAAUACAUAAAGAUCCCGCCCAUCCACCAGGUAGACCCAUAGUGGCAGGUACAGACUCAGUAUUCUCCCCUCUAGCAACCUACCUAGAUAGGGUUUUACAGCCACUGGUCGUUAACACUAGAUCAUAUCUAAAGGAUAACAUGCAACUGCUUAAUCAACUACAGAACAUUACCCUACCAAAUACAGGGGUUCUUCUGGUAAGUUUGGAUGUAGGCAGUUUGUAUACCUCAAUAUCACAUGAGAUGGGGAUACAAGCAGCGAGUGACAGUCUGCUAAACACUGAUCACAGCGGGUCGGAACAAUCCUUUUUGAUUGAUCUAUUAAAAAUAGUGUUAUAUGAGAAUUAUUUUCUGUUUGGAGACACAUACUACAUGCAACGUCGGGCACAGCCAUGGGGAGUAAUGUGGCGCCAACUUAUGCCAAUCUGUACAUGGCAAGCUUUGAGGAACAGUAUGUAUAUCCAAACGUUUUGUUUUCUUCACACUGUAUUUUCUAUCGUCGCUACAUAGACGAUAUUUUUAUGAUUUGGAAUGGUGAUAGGGACACCUUACUAGAAUUUCACAACUGGCUCAAUACAGUGGUACCCACAAUCCAAUUUACACUUGUCUCUGAUCAAAAAUGUGUCUCUUUUCUAGAUCUGAACAUAUAUAUUGAUAACAACCGUCUGGAGACAGACUGGUACAAAAAAACCAACUGACCGUAACACAUUACUGCACUAUAAAAGUUGCCAUCCUCCAGCUCUUAAGAAAUCCCUACCCAAGACACAGUUAGCUCGAAUCAAAAGGAUUGUAUCAGAUCCAGAGUUAUUCCCCAUAAGAGCAACUGAAAUGAUUGAACGCUUCAGUGAUAGAGGCUACCCUAAAGAGGCCCUUACUGAGAGCGGUGAACAUAUGAAAAGUGUUCCGAGAGAAACUUUGCUUGAAAACAAAAACAUACCCAAGACACAAAAGAGACUAGCUUUUGUAAGCCAAUAUACAUCGGCCAGUAAACAUAUAGCCACGGUUUUACGCAAACACUGGCAUAUAUUACAAAAAUGCUCCCCAGACAUUGAGGAGAUCACUUCCCCUCCAUUGAUGGCCUAUAGGAGAGGGAGGAAUAUCAGAGACACCCUAGUAAAAGCGGAUAUUGGCCCUACUAAGAAAACAGGCCAACAAUACCUAGCUGAUAUUAAACCAGGAACUUUCCCCUGCUUGAAUUGUGCGCAGUGCAACAGUGUGACCAAAGGACAGAGUUUCACACAUCCCCACACUGGGAAAAGAUUCACUAUCAAGCAAUUUUUCACAUGUGAAUCUUCAUAUGUCAUCUAUUUAAUCAAAUGCCCGUGUGGACUAGGAUAUGUGGGAGAAACAACUCAGAAAGUGAAAGACAGAAUUUCAAAACAUAAAUCAACCAUAAGAUGCGAAGACCUCGAACUCCCUAUACCUGCACACUUUCACACAGCGAAACAUACACCAAGUCAGCUGAGAUUUCAGAUUAUAGAUGGCGUCCCCAAAUUAAGAAGAGGGGGCGAUCGGUUAAAAGUCCUUAAAAGAAAAGAAAUGUACUGGAUAAAUAAAUUGGGUACGCUUUGGCCUAAGGGCCUUAAUAGGGAAUAUACACCUAUGUGCUUUAUUUAAGUUAUAAUACCCUUCUAUUCCACUUAGGUCAGACAACACCCUCCUUUGUUCUGAUUGGUUUUAACCUUUUAUUGUAUGUUUACAUUUUUCUGAACAUGAUUUUUGUCUUUUAAGGUUAUCAACAUUUAUGAAGAAUGGGUACAUGAUCCCGGACUGCAUCGAGGAGAUUCCAUUUGGAACUAUCCUCUCCGGGUAAAAGUACAACUAAAUACCCAGUAUGGAAUAUGGAUUAACAAGACACACGGAAAAUGAAUAACACUUGGACUUUAUUGGACUUUCACAAUGUCCUCACUUGAUUGGUUUGAACUUGAUUGGGGGUGGGUCCUGAUAUUGUGCACUCCCCCAGUGUGGGGGAUAAAUGUUUGUAUCACACACUAUCAGGCAGGCUUGAGAAAGGGCAAGACAAGGCCCGAAACGUUGCCUGUUACUGACCAAUUGCAAUAAAUUUUUUCACAUUUUGCAAAUAAGAGGUGCUGCAGUUUUUCCUUUUUGCCAUAGUUUUUCUUUCCUAAAGCCCACCAAAAGAUGCAGUAGAUACAUGAAAAUGUUUUUACAAUUUUUAUUAUUUUUGUUUUUUUUGCAGCUCUCAUUUUCUGUUAUUUUUUUUAAACAGAAUGUAUUGAACAGAUAAUAAUGCUACGCAUAUGGUCCUGCUCUUGCUCUUUUAUUUCGAGGAUCCAUGAAACUACAUAGAAAAAAUUUGGGCCCUGGAUCAACUGAGUUUGGUUAUAUUUUGAAAGGCAAAUGUGUUUAGAACUUUUGAAUUUUAUUAAAACAGGUUUCAGAACAACAUUACUCACACAUUGUUUAGAUUAAAUGGAAAACAUAGGGCACAACUUUCAUCAUAGAAUAAGUAUGUUUAUGUGUAUACAGUAUAUAUAUAUAUCACUAUAAGUAUGUUAUUAAUAUUUAUGUUUUUAGUUAAUGAUGUGGUUUGUUGUUUUUACAUAGAAGUGAAUUUAAAUGUAAAGUUAGAAGGCAUUAUGUGGAUAAAAAUAACAUUAAUAUAAGAAUAUGCAGACUAGCGAACAAAUGUCUGUAGUAUAUAAAGUUUAAUUUGAUGUUAUGCUACAUGAAAUGCAUGUGUAUAUGUCAUGUGCAAUGUUUGGUGGUAUUGAAAACCGAUGUUAUUGCCAUA